AGACUACACGAUAACGUCAUGUUCUUCAACAAUUCCUGUAAAAAUACCACCGUCAAUUGGCUUCGAAAUGGGAUGGCUCAGAUCGAGAAACGAUGAACAUGGAAAAUUAUUUGCGGGACGACGAUUCAUGAUUCUCAGGAAACUUACGAUGAAUCCGUAUUUUGAUUAUAAGCAACUAAUCGAGCUUGUCCAACAAUGCGGAGGAGAAAUUCUGAGUUGCUACGAGAAUCUGUCACCUGAAAAACUGUACAUAAUCUUCUCAAAACACUCAAAAGCAAUUGAAGAAUCAAAAAAUAUCGAGAAUCUGUAUAAAUGUGAUGUGGUGACAAUGGAAUGGGUAUUGGACAGUAUCAGUGAGGAACUCAACCUUACAUAGCUGUCGAUUCGAUAGGCUGCCUGCAGGAUUAAUUUUCCAUUUCUUCUUCUUCUUUCUUUGUUCUGUUUUUAAGUGUAUUUUACGGCAAUUUUUAUAAUUUUUUUUGCUUAUUGACAGUUUAUCUAUGUCAAAUUUAUCAAGAUUUAUUCCAUGAAAUUUUAUUUUU